AUGUUUCCUACAAAUAUAUAUAUGUCUCGGCUAUCUUUAUGGUUAGGACCUUUUAAAUAUGUUUGUUCUAUAAAAAAAUGCUAUUUUUCAUCAUUUUUUGGUUUAAAUAUCAAUAAAAAUAAGAACAUUACUUUAAAGAAAGAAUAUAUGGAUAAAAAUAUAUUAUCAGUAAUUAAAUCACAUGAUUAUUCAGAGUUAAAAAAUCAGAAACUUCGAAGAACACAACUACAUAUUCCAUAUGUGACAGAUUUUCUUAUUAAAGAUCCUUUUUUAGAUAAAGAGUCAGAUUUUUUAAACAAUAAAACCAGUAAUUUACCUGAAACAUCUUUAGAUACUUCAGAAGAAUAUGAUCUAGCACCAUAUUUACCUAAGAUUGAAUCUAUUUUUUUAAAAGAAAAUGAUCCAGAAUAUUUAUCUAUGAUAACAGGAAUGUCUCCAUGGGAAAUUAAAAAACUUAUACAAAAGCCUCUUGUAAUACGAAGAGUUGUAAAUCAGACAAGAAAAGGGAAAAUAUCUUCAAUGUAUUCAUUAGCAAUAGUAGGAAAUGGUAGUGGAAUGAUAGGAUUAGGUGAAGGGAAAUCUAAAGCAUUGCGUACAGCAAUAAAAAAAGCAUGUUUACAGGCUAUGAAAAAUAUGCAUUAUAUACCUCGGUAUGAAAACCGAACGAUUUAUGGAAAUGUGAGAUAUAAAUUUCAUGCAGUGUUAUUAGAAUUAAGGUCUAGGCCACGCGGUUUUGGUAUACGUGCAAAUCAUUUUAUUCAUGAAAUAUGUCGUUGUAUUGGCAUAAAAGAUCUCUCAGCAAAAGUAAGAGGUUCAUGUACAGGAAUGAAUGUAGUUAAAGCAACUCUUGAAGCAUUAAAAACUCAAGUUUUACCGGAAGAUAUUGCAAGGGCUCGAGGAAAAAAAGUUGUAGAUGUUAUGCAAACAUAUUAUUCUAAAUCAUAAAAUUAUACUAG